AUGGCGGAGGAUGAUAGCUCAACCCUCAUUCCCAAAUUGAUCAUUUGCUUCAUAGCAGCAACUUCAGCGGCAGUAGUAGUCACCAUCUAUCACUGCAUAACCGCAGGUCACAUAAGAGCCCUACUACGCUUAGGCCCCGGCUAUCGCACCACAUUCGUCUUCAGGCACCGCCACCACCAACCGGAAAUGCCCCAAAGCAGCAUGGAGAAUUCCUUAGCGGAGCUCAUCCCAUCCCACAAGUAUCAGAAGGGCUCCGGUUUGGUCUCUGAACACGACGGAAUGUGUGCGGUUUGCUUGUCAGAAUUUGAAGAAGGCGAAGAUUUACGUACUUUGCCCGAGUGCGUGCACUCUUUUCACGCUGAAUGUAUAGAUAUGUGGCUGUAUUCUCAUUCCAAUUGCCCCGUGUGCCGCACCAACGCCGCCCCUUCCCCUCAAAUGCUAAUGCACCUGUUAGAAUCUAACGUCGAAACCCGGCAUGAGCAGCAUAACUCUCCGAUUUUGAGUGUGUAA